AUGGAUCCUGCUGCUGCGGCGGCCGCCGCAGCAGCAGCAAUGAAGUCGUUCACCAUUGAAGCUUGGACUCUUCUGGCUGUUGGUAUCCUCUUCACGAUGCUCAGAACCUAUGCUCGAGCCAAAGCAGUUGGGUUGAAAAGCCUCCAGCCUGACGACUAUUUAGCGUGGGUGGGAUUGAUCUUUUAUGUCAUCGAGACUGCCCUUGCUCACUCGGUUGGAGCCAUCGCGAAGGGCAUGGCCAACAACGGCAUGACGGACGAGCAGCGAGCCGCACUGUCCCCUGAAAGCGAGGAAUAUCGGCUAAGGGUCAUCGGCUCGAUCAUUCAAAUCUGCGGAUGGUCAAGUUACUCAGUCUUGCUGUGGUCGCUCAAGGCAUCCCUUCUGGUCUUCUACCUGAGGUUAACAGCUGGCCUGGGCAAAAGCUACCGAAUUCGUAUUUGGGUUGGUUUCGGCUUCCUUGUCGCGAGCUGGAUCAUCGUCGUUGCGAACCUGUUUCUCGCAUGCCGACCUUUCCACAAGAACUGGCAGAUAUAUCCAGACCCCGGAAAUGUCUGCCAACCGGCUGUUUCAAACCAAGUUGUCUGGGUUUAUCUUUCCUUCAACGUCUCCACAGAUCUUUACUUGCUAUCGAUUCCUCUUCCCAUGCUCUGGCAGGCCAAGCUUAAACCGUUAAAGAAAUGGGGUCUACUUUUCCUGUUCAGUGGCGGCCUAUUCGUUGUCGUUUGCGCUACGCUUCGUUGUAUUCUUAUCGUUACAGAUCCUCAGAACGGUGCCCAACUCGCAGGCGCCUGGGCUGUUCGAGAAACAUUUGUUGCCGUCAUCACAGCCAACUUGCCGAUGGUCUUCUCCAUCCUCAAGCAUUGGUUAACCCCUAUCCUCGGCUCUCUCAUUACCUCCAUACGAUCCACACAGAAGCUCACCGAAAACACCCCGAGAGACAACCUUCGCACCUUUGGAGCCGGCAGUAACCAAAGCUGGCGAGGCCGUGGCCCCCCCUCGGAAUACCCCAUCACCAACGUGACCUUCAAUGAGAGCGAGGAGCGCAUUGUCAACGAGAUCAAGAUGCAAGAUGUCAAAUCUUGGGGCGAUCCAUACGCCGACAAGCUUUUCCUCAGCAGAUCUAACAGCACCAAGAGCACCAAGAGCACUAAGCGGAGCAACAGUACCGCUAGCAGACACAGGAACAACAACAUCAGGAAGGAUGUGGAAGUUGCGAUUACAACGGAAGGGCCCAAAAAGAAGCUCGCGAAGAAGCUCCGCUCACAGCCUCGGGUUUGA